AUGGAAAUCCCGUUAAAGUCCCAGCCAAAAGUUUCAACGGUAAAUUUACUCGAUGAGUCUAAGUUUCAAAUUGACAACAACAAUAACAACACCAGUGAUCAAUCUGGAAAUCACCGAGACCCCUCACAGGUAGCCCUCGAAGGGCUGCAGCCACAACAACACGAAGACGACCACUACCAUCACCACCACCACCACCAACAACAGCAACAACAGCAACAACAACAACAACCUCAUCCACACCAACGUCAUGCGCAUAAAUCUGGCUUGGAGUUUCUGAAGGCUCGUCAUGCAAGUGUUGCAGGCCCAUUUGGUAAGCAAGAAAUUGCAGCAGCUACGCCAACUACUGGUUUCCGUAAAAGUGAGUAUAGGAGGUCACGAGGGUUUUCUGAAACUGAAAAGAAUAAUUUUGAUCUGGAAACUGGACAACGUAUCUAUCGAGAUGGAACAAUACGACCUCAACUUAUCAAACAAGGCUCAACAGAGUUUCAAGGAGAAGAUGACGGAAAUGAUGAUAGUAGUAAUGGUGGUGGUGGUGGCAACAAAUUGCAUGCACGCUCACAUGACAGUACUGUAGAUGCUAUGAGUUACACUCGAGGUUUGGAAGAUGAAUAUAUCCCAGGCUUGGAUUUUUCUGAAAUGGUUUACCGAUGGAACAACACUUCUGAUUUGGACUUGACCAGAACUCGUACCACCAACAGUACCAUGAGUGCCUACACAACACAAUCAAAUACCCCACGAAGUCAUAAUGCGUCGUACUUGGACUUGAAUCUUUUACAUGCACAAGUUGCUCCCCAACCAAUACGACACAAUAGUCAAAUACCGUCCAAACUUUCAUAUUCAAAGUUGCAUGAUUAUAUGAAGAUGAAGCGCCCUGAAGGACAAUCCACAGGCUCAAAAGAUACAGAGGUGUUGAAGCUUAAACAACUUGCAGAACAAGUGGAAACCCCUAGUCAUAGUCCUAAAAGGGAAACUUCUGGGACCGGGUUACAGAUGAGAAAAUCAAAGAAGCAAAAACCAGCAUCAGCUGCUCUGGAUUCGCAACCUGGUAGUGGUGGCGAUGUUGAUUUUGAAACGAUUUUAAACAGUUUACCACCAAAUUUCAAUGAUUUACCAUAUUCACAACGUAAAAAAGUUGUGCGCAACUUUUCCGAUAGCGUUGAUUAUUCACAAUUUUCAUUGUUUGCCAAGAAUUACUUGAACGGAGGUGGCCCAUUUGGAUCUCUAGGGUCUUCUGGUAAGACCCCUAAAAGUGAUGGAGGGUUUGGGUCGAAUGAUAAUAGCUUUACCAGAAAGCAACGUGUUGGUAGUGUAAAUACGUUGGCUGGAAGACUUCUUGCGAGAACAUCAACCACUGAUAUCAAAAAGAUGCAAGAAAUGAAUCAAAAGUAUAAUGUUGAUGAGCGAGGUGCAAUUGUCAUGGAUCAUGAGUUGGGCAAAUGUAUUGGAUAUGGAGCGUGGGGUACCAUACGCGAAUGUGUUGAUAAAAAGGGUAACAUCAGAGCAAUGAAGAUUGUCAAAUCAACACGAGAUUUUGAUUUCAGUUGUCCUGGUAGUAGGAGAAAUUCUCGCGUUGAAAUGUCUUCUGUAGCAACUAAUCCAAAAGUAUUGGAAGUUUUCAAAAAAGAAAUUUCCAUUUGGAAACAAUUGAAUCAUGAAAAUAUACUUCCAUUGAUUGACCAUUUUGAGACAGAAGAUACAAUCUUUUGUUUGAUGGAUAGAAUUGAGGGUGGUACAUUAUUUGAUGUAGUUACAAUGUGGGGUCAGUUUAAUAGUGGGUUGCAUUCUCAAUCAGGUCCAGUUAAUUUCCAAAUUGAAAAGCAAAGGAAAAGAUUGAAUGAAAUUAUCGAUUACUCGAAACAGAUCGUUACUGCAUUGUUGUAUAUGCAUGAAGAAAAGGGAAUCGUUCAUGGAGACAUAAAGUUGGAAAAUGUAUUGGUGAGAAGGGAUACAGAUGACCAUUGUAAAAUGAUUUUAUGUGAUUUCGGUAUGGCAAGGAUUUACAGUAUGCGGAUUAGCAGAAAGAAUUCGAUGAAGCGUCCUUUCAAAAUGACCAGCAGAAGAAGAUCACCGCCACCACCAACAUCGUCUCCACAACUAUUAUCCCCCAAAGAUGAUUAUGAUGAUACUGAUACGUUAAUGAUCAGAAGCAAAUCAUCAAACACUGAAAAUAGGAAACCAUACCCUGGAGGUGGUGACGGAGCUAAUGCCAAAACUUUGGAUCAUUUGAUUAAUGAUGACUCGCAAAUUGGCGUGUCAAAUUUUUUCAAGACUCAUGGUCCUUCUAUACAAUCGGUUCAUUUGACCCCCGUUUCAUCAGAAGGGAUAUCACCAACGACAUCUGAUCAUAAACUAAAUCAUUCAGCGCGAAAUACAAGUACCAAUGAUUAUUUUGAAUUUAGUAAGAAAUGGCUAUCUUCUAACAAUGGAAACGGUACAACCAAUAAUGGUGUUAAUGGUGGUGUUGACUCUGAUUUACCUCAUUCACACAUUGGAUCGUUGCCAUAUGCAUCUCCUGAGUUGUUACAACCUAGUCCACCACCAUUGGGUCCGCUGGCUGAUGUAUGGGCUCUAGGUGUGUUGAUGUAUGCCAUGUGUGUGGGUAAGUUGCCGUUUCAGCAUCAAUAUGAGCCAAGGUUACGAGCGAUGAUAACUGCCGGCAAGUACAACAAAGCCGAACUAAGAAAAGCGUGUUUGAUAGAGUGGGUAUUGAAAGAAGAAAAUAGUAAGAGUAAUUCCGCUGGUGAAUCCCUGAGUGGCAAGAGUUCAGGAGAGUCUCUUGAUAGAAUCGAUGAAGAAAAGGGAGGAGGAAAAGAGGAACUGGAAGAAGAGAGCAUACCAGCUGCAUUGAUGAUGCAAUCGCCAUCAAUGGUUGACCUAAAAAGACAAGAAGAAUUAAGCAAGCUACGUGAUGAUUGGAAAUUGUACAAACUGAGCGACAAAUUUCCAGAAUUUACAAAAAUUUACGAUACCAUUGUUGGAUGCUUGGAAACGAAUAUAACCAAACGAUGGGAUACACAAAUGAUUUACGAUAAUUUGAGCAGAGUAAAGGAAAGGGAGCUUUCAGCACAUUUUAAAAACGAACAUAUAUUGGGCAAUUAA